AUGGUCCCGAUUCCCCAAGCCAAUGAGCUCAAGGACCUUUUCAGUCUCAAGGGCAAGGUCGUCAUUGUUACCGGUGCCUCCGGCCCUACCGGUAUCGGUAUCGAGGCUGCCCGUGGUUGCGCUGAGUACGGCGCCGACCUUGCCAUUACCUACAACUCUCGCGCUGAUGGCGCCGAGAAGAACGCGAAGGAGCUGAGCGAGAAGUACGGUGUUAAGGUCAAGGCCUACAAAUGCCAGGUUGGCGUCUACUCCCAGUGCGAGCAGCUCGUACAGGACGUCAUCAAGGAGUUCGGCAAGGUCGAUGUCUUCAUCGCCAACGCUGGCAAGACCGCCGACAACGGUAUCCUCGACGCUACUGUUGAGCAGUGGAACGAGGUCAUCGAGACUGACUUGACCGGUACCUUCAACUGCGCACGUGCUGUUGGUCUUCACUUCCGCGAGCGCAAGACUGGUUCCCUCGUCAUCACUGCCUCCAUGUCUGGCCACAUCGCCAAUUUCCCCCAGGAGCAGACCUCCUACAACGUCGCCAAGGCUGGCUGCAUUCACCUUGCCCGCUCGCUUGCCAACGAGUGGAGGGACUUUGCCCGUGUCAACUCCAUCUCCCCUGGAUACAUUGACACUGGUCUGUCCGACUUCGUUCCCGAGGACAUCCAGAAGCUGUGGCACUCUAUGAUCCCCAUGGGCCGUGAUGCCAAGGCCAAGGAGCUCAAGGGUGCCUACGUCUACUUCGCCUCUGACGCUUCCUCCUACUGCACUGGCUCCGACCUCCUCAUUGACGGUGGUUAUUGCGCCAGGUAA